AUUUUGUGGGUCAGAUUUAUUCUGAUCAUUUGGGAUCUCGCUGCUGCCUGUUUCAUAAGAACCACUGGGCCGUCGCCAUCUGCCGGCAUGUUUUCCCCAACCCUAUUUUUGCUAACUGUCAACUGUGGUAUUGUCAACCCAACCCUCCCAUAUGUUAGCAACUCUCUCUCUCUGGCUAAAUGGAAGGAUCUUAAAAAGUAUCUGUUCUGAAGUCAUGGCAGCGGCGGGUGGUGGAGGAGAGCAGAGCAGGCCUUGCUGUUGUCUACAGAGGCAGCUAAGACAGCCAAGCUAUUCUGGGUGGCUUUCACCUCUGUCAUUCAACAACUUCUGCUUCAGCAGAUUCCAACUUGCUGGGUCUAAAUCCAUCCCCAUUCUUUCAAGUUGCAUUUAUCUGAGCUGCAGUGCAGCCCCGGAUGGCCCAGCCUGCCUUCUUCCCACCCUGGUUCGAUUCUCAGCUAGGCCUCUCAGCUAGGCCGCCCCAUCGGUUUCCUAGGGGAGCCAGGCCACUAUUAUCCUUUUGACAGAGCUGUGGAUUUGGGGUUACGGAACAGAUGGAGGCAAAGGGGCCAAAGGAGGAUGAAAGGUUUACACUAAUAGAAAUGCCCAGCUAAUUGUUAAGGAGAUUAGAGGCUGGGCCAGGCAGGCACUCUCGGCUUGGAGGUGACCUGCCGCAUGGAAUCAGAGAGCCCACGGUAACAUUAACCAAAGCGGCGCUAAGAAAAAUAAAUCCUCCACCAGAGAGAGGCGGCAGAUUGAGUUGCCGCUCGAGCGUUUUGGCCUUAGCGGUGGGAUAGAAAGGCGUUUGGGGUGGAUCAAGCCUUAGAAGAAGGGAGACAAUGCAAACAAGAGACACAGAUACAGUGCAGAGCACUACAAGUGCAGAGAGCAGGCCGGGGCGGAAGAAUAGGCCUCAUCAAAAGGCCAUUGUGUAAGCCUGUCAAAGCCCCCCUCCCUUCUUUGUGGCUUCUGUAGAAGCCCCACUAUUGGUUACAGGAGGCCGGCAGCUCAUUGAAAUCUUUGUAAUCCUAGCUGCGCUAAUUAAGCAAGGCUGCGGGUGCUUAAGCAUGUACAUUUUUUUCUGAGCAUUCUCUCCUCUCCAUCCGCACCCCACCCCCUCGCCACGCUGGAGAAGAUGAGGAGGAGGAAGAGGUCAGUGUGAGCCACGCAGGAGGCAGCAGCACUGCCAGCAGGGGGGACGAGGCAGCCAAACGAGAUUGGCUUUACAGGCAGAAGAUUAAAUGUAGGAAGAGCUGGUGCACACACACACACACACAGAGAGAGAAAGAGACUGGGAACUGGGGCAGGUGCACGUCAUUGGGUCUUUGACUGAGGUGUAAGGUUCAUUUGCACUAAUCCAGAUCGCUCGGCUCGCUCGGCUGCGCCUAUGUGAGCGUGCACGUUUCCGUACCCCCGACGAAGGACUGGGAAGACCUUAGGCGCCCACCCCAGUCCUUGGGACUAUAUCCGCUGUCCGGACAGAAGAUGCCAACGAAUGGGAUCCACCAGCUUCUGAAGAUCCAGUUUGGCUUGAUUAACUCUGACAACAGGUACCUGACGGCAGAGAGCUUUGGCUACAAGGUCAACGCCUCGGCACCCAGCCUGAAAAGGAAGCAGAUAUGGACCCUGGAGCAGGACGGAGACAGCUCCGUGGUCUUCCUGAAGAGCCACCUAGGUAGGUACUUAUCUGCCGACAAGGACGGCAAGGUCUCGUGUGAAGCCGAGAAGCCGGGAGGUGAUGGGCGUUUUGUCAUUGUCACCCAGUCGGACGGGCGCUGGGCGCUCCAGUCGGAACCCUACAAGCGUUUCUUUGGCGGUUCCGAAGACAGGUUGUCCUGCUUUGCCCAGACCAUCACAGAAAUGGAACUCUGGGCUGUGCACUUGGCUAUCCACCCCCAGGCCAACCUCUUGAGCGUGAGCAGGAGAAGGUAUGCGCACCUCAGCGCUCAGGAGGAUGAGAUCUCCACCGACAGCAACAUCCCUUGGGGUGUGGACUCGCUCAUCACCCUCACCUUCCAGAACAAGAAGUACUGCCUGAGAACCUGUGACAACCGCUACCUGCGCAACGAUGGCACUCUGGUCAAGGAGCCUGACCCCCGCGCGGGCUACACCCUGGAAUUCAAGGCGGGCAAGCUGGCCUUCAAGGAUUGCGAUGGGAAAUACCUGGCGCCCAUGGGACCUACCGGCACUCUAAAAUCUGGCAGGAGCUCCAAGCCGGGCAAAGAUGAACUCUUUGAUCUGGAAGAGAGCCACCCGCAAGUAGUUUUCGUGGCCUCCAAUGGCAGAUAUGUCUCCAUCCGGCAAGGUAAAUCCAUUACCUUUCUGCUCUGUGGGACUACACAUAGCCAGGGAAUAGUCCUCUCCUUUCUUAGCCCCAUAGCCAUAAUAUGGGUGACUUGUUUUUUCGUCCGCUUUGUACAAUGGUAAUAUGCUUGUUCCUAGCCACAGGUGACUCACUGAAUGCAUAUGGUGGGGAGUGUUGAUGAUGGUAGUUGCCACCAUCAGUUUCCUGAUGCUUCUUUGCUUCAGGAGCUGCCUUCCUAAUCCUCAUGCUUGGAUAGGGAAGGAAAGAUGUGUCUCAUGGCGUCUAUUAUGGUUCCUUGCUGGUCUCCAUCAAGUCGAUUAUCUGUUUCUAGUACAGGGCAGGUGUGUUGUGCUCAUUUGCACAGAUAAGGAUCUAGGAAGAUGUUGUGGGGAAGAGAUGAGUGCAGGGUCUGAAAGCCAAGGACAAGUGCAGUGGCGCCGGUGGAGAAGAGGAAAGUCUGCUUUGCUCUCUAUGUUUUGCUACUGCUUCUAUGGCAGCGUGUCAGAUUGGAAGUUCUUCUAGUCCACAUGAUAAUCAGUAUGUCAGCAGGCAUCCCUGCUGCUUAAGGAACAAGAACAGUUGCAGGCUCUGUCUUAUAUUCAAAGGAUGGGGCACAGGGACAGAUGCAGAACCCACUCUCCUGUGAUUUUGCUAAUACUGGCAUGGUGGCUCCAUAGAUAAGCCAGUGGGUCUGGCGGCUGUUUAGCAAGAAUGACACUCAUGUGAAUUUACAGGCCUCUGAUUCUGUGCAUGCACACCAGAGAGUGGCCCUGCUGGAAUGGAUUGAGAUUUUUACAAGCUCUCUCCAGCAACAACUAUUAAUCUGAGUGGCGUGUGGACAGAUGAUGUGCUCGUUACAUUUAACUUCCUUCAACACAAUUAGGCAAUGGCACUUGGAUUCCAUCAUCUACUGCCGUCCUUGGUAUUAAAAAAUUAUAAUCAAUUUUAUAACCUUCUUCCUAUCAGUCGGUGCAGCCAGCUCUCCUUCAUUCUUCCUACGUUGCUUUUAGUGCUGCCAACGGUGUCCAUCAAACAUCUGCCCAGUGUCCCUGAAAGGGCUGUUCACAUUCACAGCUGUAGUUGCCCAUUCCUACGAUUCCCAUGUCCUACCCCAGCAUUUCUAGGAAAUGCUCUUCAGUGAACCAUUUUAGGUGACUUCCCCCUGCCCAGAGAUCAAUGGCACUCCGAAAGGCCUUCUGGGUAAAGAAUGAAAGGCAACUCCAACCUUACAUCUUUCCCAUAUGGCUCCAGAACUGGCCUUUAAACUGCUUACACAACCGGACCAUAUUUCAAUCAGCCCCCAAACAAAAGAGCAGCAGCAAUCCCCAGCAAAGCUGUGUCCCAAAUGUCUGAAAGUGCUACAGAGUGAUGGUUUCAUGUUGAGAAAAUAUUCCUUUCCCAAGGUUCUGAAAUUCUUUCCAGAGGGAGAAUGCUAUUCCCUCAUAACUACUUUUUCCCAUGCAUCUAAGAGAAAACUAACUGUAAUCUCCUGUUUAUUUUCAUUUAUUUAUUGCAUUUAUAUACCACCUUGAUCUUCCAAGGAUCUUGAGGAGGUGUACAUGGUUCUCUUCCUCCCUCAUUUCAUCCUCUGUGAGGUAGGUUAGGUUAAGAGAUGGCGACUGGCCCAAGGUCACCCUGUGAGCGUCAUGGCUGAGUGGGGAUUUCAACCCUGGUCUUCCAGGUCCUAGUCCAACACUCUAACCAUUACACAUGCUGUUUUUCUGACCUGUGGCACCUUUGGGUGAUUAUAGUGGCCACGGACUAUAGCUUUUAAGACAGAGGGGCAACCUUUCCGGGGUUGAGGGCCUUGUUCAAUUGGGGCUGGAGGAUGCCUAUUGCAGGUGGCAGGUGAGGCCAAUGCAAAAAUUGAGUGGGACAGCCCUUCUCUCUCUCUCUCUCUCUCUCUCUCUCUCCCUCCCUCUCCCUCUCCCUCUCCUUUAUUCAUCCACCAUCCGUUUCAUUUUCUUUCUUCCCCCUCUACCACAGGUGUACACAAGCACCCACGUCUCUUCCCUUUAUCCAUCCAUUAUCCAUUCAUUCUCUUGGCAGGGAGUUGGACUCAAUGGCCCUUGUGGUCUCUUCCGACUCUAUGAUUCUAUGAUUCUUCCUUCGUUUUCUCUCUCCCUCUUCAAGCGCCACCACAGGAUUUGGAAGGCCACACGCAAGCCUUGACACUACACCUAACGAUAACCAAAGAAUCGCCCUCCCUACCCAUUUGCUUAACUGCAACACCAACAGUCUGUUGAAAACAGAAAAGGCUGUGCCCUGUUUCUGCUAUGGUUGCCGCAUUGUAUGCUAACCCAGCUCCCGUGUCUCAGACAGGGUUCUCACACAAACUUAAGCAAGUCAAGCUUUCCUCAUCACUAUCUUCAUGACAGGGAAAGCUUCACUGUCUUCAUGAGCCAGUAAGAAGAGGGAUAAAAAGCCGGUGGACAAAUGAAUCAGGUGAAGCAAAUCGAUCUGGAGUAAUCACACUCUGCUUCUGUACUCUGAAACUAGGGUUGCGUUCUUUUGAAGAAAAGCUGGCCCUGAUCCUGUGCCUUCAAAGCAGCCUGGCAGGAAGGAAUUAAAUAGCUGAAACUUUUUUGUGACAUGAAGACAAACUGAUGGGCAGGUCUCCAUCGGCUUCAUUUCCAAAGUGCCAACGUUGUUUAGAAUUCCCAGCCUACAUGUUCAUUUAUUUCUAUUUUUAAAUCUAUUUUCAUUUAAAGGGUUUUAGGCUGCCUUGCAGGGCAAUGUCCUCUCCAGGUGGCAUGCAAAUAUAUACCAGAUAAAAAGGCAAUUACAAUAAAAUAAUGUACAUAACACAAAUUUUGACCAGCACAAUACCAAACAACUAGCAUUCAGUUACUAUAAAUUAACUAAUCUUUAAAAUAAUACACGGCCCAACAUAGAAAGAGUUAAAACAACAAUCUCCAAUAACUAGUAGCCUAAAACCAACACUCUGAGAGAGCAGCUACCUUAAUAAAAUAAUCUUAAUUAAAAGCCAAUCAGAACAGAUGGUUCUUCAAAGGCUUUUUCAAGGUUGGCCCUGACAGGGCCAGCUACAAAUCCCUUGGAAGCCACCACUGAAAAGGCCCUAUAUCUGGUGCACACCUGCUUAUAUACCAUUCAUUUAAAGCACCCCCCCCCAAGUAUCCUGGGAACUGUAGUUUGUUAAGGGUGCUGGGAAUUGUAGCUCAGCAUAGGGUAAACUGUAUUUCCCAUUAUUCUUUUUGUGUGCGUGCGUAUGCUUUAAAUGCAUGGUGUGUACACAGCCUAACUGACCUUUAUUUGUGUAAAAUACUGCCUUAUGGGGCCAUCUCCAGGCAGUGUUGGCGGUCUGAUCUUAAGGCCCAGACUGUUACACGGUCCUUCACAUAACCGGGUCCUGGGCUAUUUAAGACAUAGGUCGCCAGCCUUUGGGGGCCCUAUGGGCACAUAACAUAGGCAAACGAGAGAAACUUGUUGUGGGCCUCACAUACACACUGCAACUAAGCACAUACUACAGCCUAACUUAUGGGCUACAAUAUACUGCUUCUUUCAAGUCUAAUUUCAGCAGAGGGAGGGGAAACACCAGGGAAGGUAUUUGUGAGUUUCAUGUUCACUUGUGGGCACCACGUUAGUGACCCCACCUGGUUUACGGCUCUAGAACUCAAAGCUAACGUUUGGAAUCUGGCUUGGAAAUGCUCUGGCAAGCUGGCACAGUAUUGGUAUAUAAUAUGGUCUAAAGGUCUACCCCCAAAAGACACCCUGAAUACCAGCAGAGGUUUCUGGGUUGUCUUCCAGGGCAGCACCCCAUAGAACACACUGCAGUAGUCUAGUCUGGAUGUAACUAGUGCAUGUUUGAUGGAGGCAAGGUCUGCUUUCUCUAAAUAAGAGUGCAUUAGGUAAAAAGCAACCAUAGUCAUUUGUGCUUCCAUAGACAGCACCAAGACCAGGCUGCACACUUGGUCUUUACAGGGGACUGCACAACACCCACCCCACCCCAACCACUUGUAGCCUCAUGUCCGGAUCGGCUUUCCUAUCUACACAACAGCUUGUCUGGAUUAACUAUGCAUUAACAGAGUGGGGAAACUGCACUUUUGGCCAUUGUUUAAUAUACCCCUUUUGUCCUGUUUUACAAAAGUGUGUCUGAACUGUAUUAGGUGGGCAGCUAAUCCACUGUAUUCCUGCCCUUAGUUGCUUAUCUGGCCUUCAUUACUGUAAUGCAGUAUGGGCCUCUUCUCUCACAGUGAUUAGUGUAAUUAUUUUCUUAGCCUCCCCGCGGAGUUACCAGAUGUUUGCAUGUUAAUUCAUUUAAAUAAAUGCAAAUUUAAAAUUCACAUUGCCUGGCUUUGAUAAUUAGCCUUUUUAAAAAUAAUAAUAAUAAUCAAAAAUCCCCAACCAGAGGAAAAAAGACUGAUUUAAGCAUGCUCAUCCAGAAACCACUCCUCUUGCCCCAGAGAAAAGUGAUCGGAUAUGGACCCUUCUUGUUUUCAAUGCUGUUUUUAAGAGUCCAAGCUCUGGGAGAUGAUUCUAGUCCAUCAGUCUGUUCUGGCGGCUAUUAAAUGCCCCAAUUCAGAAGCAGGUUAAGGCUGUCAACUUUUGAAUUGGUUCCUAUAGGGGCCCCUUUAACAACAGUGAUUGUCAGCUGUGACAAUGGAGUGCAAUUUGAUUUUAUAUCUAUAUCUAUAUAAAGUACCUUUGCAUUUUCUUCCGGUUACCUUUUUUUGAAUUUGGAAUGUGAGUGGGAAAAUGUGGAGGGGAUUAAGCACAGUGUAAAUUUAUUCAUAUCUACUCAGAGAUAUGCAUUCUGUGGGACUUACUCACAUGUAAGUGCUUAUGGGAUUUCAAAUAUUGACCUAAAUAUGGAAAAACAAGGAAUAGGGGGCCUCUAGGGUGUCCAGAUGCAAAAGAGAACAGUGUUUCUGUACUCUUUAUUAACAGCUUAGUAGAAGAAGGAAUUUUGCCUGGUCAUCCUGGGGCCAUGAAACGUAUGUCCUGAAAUUUUUCAUUUUCACUCUGCCCUGAUAUGAUCUCCAAAACUAUGACAAAUACCAUCCUCAUUUUACAUUUUUCUCUGUGUGGAAUCAUGAGGGUCAUGAGGACGGAACCUUAAUUUAAAAUAAAAUAGAAACCCAUAUUCUGAAAAGGGAACUAUACUAUACUAUACUAUACUAUACUAUACUAUACUAUACUAUACUAUACUAGAAAUUUAAAUCUUGCAUUGUGUGGUAAGACUCUCGAUACCUUGUUCAAGGGUAGCUGUUUCUGGAAAAACAACAUGUUGAUCUCUCCCUUUUCUUUCUUUGGGCAUUGUGGAGGCAAAUAUGCAGGAGGUUGCUUUGUUUCUGAGGUGAAGGAGGGGAUUUGGUGUGUGUUGCAUGUUUUUCCUCAACUUUAAAAUUCGGGUAAAUACGUUUUGCCAGCAAAAAGGUUGCAAAUCAUGUGUGUUUAAAUCCUUAAUGAAUUAAAUGAUCCGAAGAAGACACCAGCGGUCAGUGGUCAUCAGCUGUACAAAAAUUGCUUUAUUUAAAGCUUAAGAAGGAAGAUCUUCAGCUUCUACAACAGCCAACAAGCGCUUUUGAAAUGAACUGUACAUGUAUUUGCAUGUUGUAUGAAAAUCAGAUGAUGCAGUCUGAUUUCCUCAAGGUGACCCACUUCAUUGUAUUCUUCCUCAGCUAGCUUAGGAGUCAUGCGAUGGGCAAACAAACCCUAGCGGUACAUAAACCAACCAGAUGGGAGCUGAAUGAGUAACAGGUGGCAACAGGAAAUGCCACGCUGCCAAAGGGCUUGUGUCCGUUACUAUAGCAACCUGGCCUAUGCCAAUUUCUGGGGGAAAGAGGAGCUACCCAGUCUCCCAUGAAUGAAAAGUCCCGAAGAUCACUGUAUAACUUGAUCUUCCGGACAAGCUUGAAAGGCCAUUCCAUCCAUAACCCAACGAAAGAAGGGGGAUGGGGGAAAUCCAAGUCUUGUGAGGGAAGGGAACUUUUUUUACUUUGUGGCCCAAAGUGUCAUACAUCAAACUGCAAAAAUAGUGCUUAUCCCUCCACAGAAAUUAAUGAGGUUCUUUCCCACUUGUUAUUUUGAGGGAGGAGAAAAUUUCACUGUAAGCUGUUAGACAGGAAGUUGUCGUUUCCAACCUCUCCUCAGCCAUGAAUUUACCACUAGGCUCAAUGUUCCUAGGCAAGCCGCUCUUUCUAAGCCUCAGCUACUGAUCUGUAGUAUGGACAUAACACCCCUGCGGACAUGCCUUAGCUUUGAAGGGUGGUUGCAAAGUGUUGAGAAGAAUCUGAGAUAACGUGUGUCGAGAAGCUGAAACAAGUGAAUGCCCCCAAUCAAUCAAUCAAUCAAUGCCAUCAUGAUCAUCAAAAGAAACUUUCUUAUUAUUUCCCCUCCUCCCUAGGUCAUUUAACAGGCUGUUUACAGUAAGUAUAGCCAUGCUUUCUUGAACCAACCGUCCUUUCCACUUUAGCUUAAAAAUGUCUUCUAGGUCAUGGGUGUGUGUGAACACAGGUGUAGCUGACCCUACGUAGAAGUUGCUGUGGUGUGUAUUCCUCUUAAAACUGAAUGUGCACACACUUGUAUCCUUAUAAAUCAGUGGGCCUCACCAGACCAUCUGCUUAUGGCGAAACAAAAGUAGCGCAUACUUGUUAUUCAUUCAUAGCAUGGAACCCAAGUGGCUUUUGCUUUUCUUCAGCUCCUAAAAUGCAGCCUUUUGUCUCUGAGAAAGCAGUCUUCCUCUGGCCAACGUGCCCACUUCUAAUCUUGCAUGUUCUCUGCGGUGUGCCUUCAUGCGUGUCCUAGGCCACAUUCGCUGCCACACUAUGUGUCAACGAGCACUAGUUUAGACAGCUUUACAAAGAGGAUUAGGCAAAUGCAUGGAAGGCAGUUCUAAAAAUAGCAGAGAGUAUUGUGCCACCUUAAAAAAACGAACGCAUUUACUGUGGCAUAAGCCUUCAGGAGCCACAGACCAUUUCAUCAGAUGCAUGAAGUAUCACCCUGCAUUGGUAAACAUGGUGGGGGUGAUGGGGAAUGUAGAGUUGUGAGGUCAGAGGGAGAUGAGAGGCAAAAGGAACAGAAAGUGACCUGAAAGCAAAAUUGAUAUAGUAAGCUGCAGCAAUGCCUGUGUUGGUUCUGCCCCACCAAAGUGGCUGCCACUGAUACUAGUUGGUGUGGACUGUCUGGGGAGUGAGAAACAAGUGGCAGAGGUUGUUUUCUUCAUAGUCUGCUUGCGGACUUACUAGAAGCAUCUGACUGGCCACUGUGGGCAACGAAAGGUCAGACCAGGUAGUCUUUUGCAUUGAUCAAGCAGGUAUCCUCUUGCACAUACCUUCUGAAUAGGGACCGUGACGUUGCUGGUGAUGAGUGAGGCCAAUUCUUCUCUGCUGUUUUGUGCUUUUUUUUAAUUCAUUGGCAACCCCCCUAGUAGGCUGCAGCAGCAUUCAACUCUUCUUCAACAUAUUGGUGUUUCGUUUUUAAUCCAUUGUCACCGUCAGUGACCACUUAUUUCAGAAACUCUAAUAUGUUCAAUUAAAAACAAAACAAAAAUCCUGUACUUGCAAAACCAACAUACGGGUCCUUGUCGAAGUGGCUAACCUCCAUAGAUUAUACGGAGGGGGUUGGGUUUAUUGUUGUGUUGUGUCCCCAUUUCAGAAGCUUUGCCGCUCAUAUGAGUAGGCCAAUUACAAGAGCAGCUACUUAUGGGGAUUAAUCAACUGCACUUUGGUCUGCACUGGCUCUUCAACUUGAAUGAUUUGAAGCUACCCACAGGAUGUGCUUGCGAAUUCCUAAAUGGUUCCCUCUGUAUCUCCUUAAUCCCAGCCUCCGAUCCCCUUUGCCCCAGUCUCCCCCCGCCAGCUGUUCCAACCAGCCACUUCAUCUCUUUGAAUAGGAUUAUCCCACAUUUAAGUUCAGUCAUAACCUGUCUUAUGCUGAUGAAACCCCAGCAAUGUUUAUCACUGCCCUCCGGAGGGAAGAGCUUGGACGCGGCUGACAGGCCCAGAAGCUAGUCUCUUCUGCUAGGGUUAAUAUUAUAUUGUCAAACUAUUACAAUCUCAUCCCGCUUGGCCCUAUAGAUACUAGCCACAGCCUUCCCUCUGCAUUUUUGGCAGGUCUGGUCAUACCCAUUGGGAUGGUGGGAUGCCAGAGAUAUCAGUAUGUUGGCAAGAGACUUGCUUUGUUGGCAACGAGCAACAGCCAACACAGAGGCUCACAGACCUCCUUUGCCUGUUCCAAGCCACUUAGGAGCUGGUGACAUUGGCUGGCAAGUUAUUAAUAGGGGGCUUGUGUGUCAGCCAGAUGGAAACAACAGCAAUCAGAUUAAUGAGGAUAAUUAAAGUGAUUGUUGGAGGAUUUGCUAGCAACGCAGGAGUGUGAGAAGGGGGUGCCUAUGGCUCAGUGAGGUGGGCUUAAUUUUAGCAGGGAUCGUUAAUGCCCCUUCAGCUUGGAGGGUUAACCAACUUCCUUGUCAAUUGUUACCUGUUUGACAAGAGUUUGUGUGGAGAUUCUGAUGAAUACCUUCCCUCCAGGUAUAUGGUUCUUUGCACUGAGGAAUCUAAUCAAAAGCAGUUUGCCUGGAGGGGUCCGCCACACCAGCCUUCCCCAAUCCAGAACCCUCCCAGAUGUUGUUGGACUACAACUCCCAUCAUCCCUGACCAUUGGCCGCGCUGGCUGGUGAUUAUGGAAGAUGUACUCCCAAGCAUUUGGAGAGCAUCAGGAUGGUGAAGGCUAUACAGUGGACUUGACCAUGGCUGGUGCUUAUGGGAUGCAUCGAGAAAAUGUAGCUUACCCACUAAGGUUGGCUGUGGAGUCUGUUGGUAAAUGAAACCCUGCAUCGAGCAACAAUGCGAAGCAGCAAAACUGACUCAGGCAGAGGAUUCCAAGGAAGAUGUUAUGACCAGCCCAAUAUGUUUUUCUGCCUGUGGCGAAGGAUGAGACAGUGCUACCCCCUUCUGUGUACGAAAGCUGAUUGUGUGUCAAAGCUGAAUAGACGGGCAUUUGAAUCCUGCUUCAGCUCUUGGGCAGAGGCCUGUACUGCACUUGAAAGCAGCAAGCCAGGCUAGGGGAUACUCACUGGGUAUGCCACAUGGCACACAGUUUUGCUCCCUCAGCAUUUGAUGUCUGAGGUGGCCACCUCAGAGUGCCUUAUGGUGAGGCUGGCCCUGGGAAGUCCCAUCUUCCUGUCUCUAUGUGAGUGACAGUCGUUUUAAAAAGUGAUAAGAUUGUGGAUCCCACAAUCACCACAUGUGUACAAGUUACCCUUGACUCUCUGUGUGUCAUAUCGGUAGACACACACACACAAUGAGUAAUCAUGACUUUUCCCUUCCUCAAGGCAACACUCCCAAGACAAUCAGAAGAAAGUAUAAUUGUCAAACUGCAAGGUUUUCAAACUGUGAUCCAUGGACCACUGGUGGUCUGUGAGCUCCAUUUAGGUGGUCCACAGAAAAGGGUUAGCAGACUCUCCAAGUGUCCCUAUUUUCCAAGGACAUUCCCUAUUUAGAAAAGCCGUCCCAGUUUCUGAUUUGAUCCCAGAAUGUCCCACUUUCCUUUAGGAUGUCCCUACUUUCAUUGGAGAAAUGUUGGAGAGCGUGGAGUUAUCCAACCCUCAUGGCAUCUGAAGGCAAUCCUGUAUAGGGAAGUUUUUUAUGUUCAAUGUUUUAUUAUGUUUUUAUAUAUGUUGGUAGCUGCCCAGAGUGGCUGGGGCAACCGAGUCGGAUGUGUGGGGUAUAAAUAGUAAAAUUAUCAUUAUGGAAUGAGACAUCCCUAUUUUCAUUGGAGAAAUGUGGGAGGGUUUGGGUUUAUGCAUGGUCCUGCACAUGAUUUUUACUAAUGACAGAGUUUUUUCACCAGGGUCAGAUUGUCAAGCAGGUAAACAAGGCUUUUGCUGAGGGCCCAUGAUUUUCAUAAUAGGGACUAACACAGUCUAUUUCUUUUUUUCUAAAAAUGAACAAAUUAAAAGGGUUAUUCCUCAGUGGCCUAACUUGCAGCCUGAUAUUUUCAUAAUAAGGUGCUGGUUUUGAUUAUGAUACUGGUGCUGAAUGAAAACACGCUAUUAAAAUACGAGUUAUGUGCUUUGAUCUGUAGAGGGGGGGAAUAUUUAGUAGCCCACCAAAAUUCCUAGGAAUUUUGAAGGAGAGAGAGAGGAGAGUGAACCACUGGCCAGGCGUGUGUGCUCCUGAGGAGCCGGUUAUGGUGGAUCAUACAAUCCACUUGAAAAGAGCUGUGUUGCAGAGGUAAGAGCUGAUUAAAUGCCAGGCAAUGGAGUAGCCAUGUUACCCAUGUGGAUUCUCAUUUAAACCAGGUUGGCCUUACCUGUAUUGUAUACUUUUACCAUGCCAGGAGGAUCCCUAACCCUGGUGAGUGCUGAGCCGCCAUGCUAACAUUGCAAGUGUGGUGGCUGAAGGGGCUGGUGGAAAGAAAACCAGGGUUGGGUGAACCAUUAGGUUCAUAACACUUUUGGCCCUCAUAUAUAUAUUUUUUUUAGGCUGCUAUUUCCCCGGCUCUGCAUGGAACUCACUGGGUGACCUUGGGCCAGUAUCUGUAUCUUAGAGGCAUAGUGUCUGGUGGGGUGAAGCCGCAACAAUAACUAGCCAGCAGUAGCAUCAGCUCUGCAUACUGAGAAGGUGAGGUCAGGAACCAGGCAAGGCUUGGACUGUGCGGUUGCAUCGGCAGACCCAAUCCAGCACUGUCGCUGGUGCAUAUGCAUAGCCCUGGCCUUAGUUCUCCCGCUGUUAACAUUAUCUUCCUUACAGUGUCAUUGUGGUGAGGAAAUCCAUGUACGGUAUGUAUGCCAUCUUUGGAGGAAUGACAUCAUCUAUCCUUUUGCUACAGACAAAGCCAGGGUGUGUGGAAAUGUUUGAUUUAUCGUUGAAGAUUCCCCCACCCCUUUGAUUUGAAUAAAUUUGUUAAUGUUAGCUCAUUGGUUUGUCAGCUUUAUGGCAAUUUAUUUACUUCGGAGAUUGUGGUAUGUGCUACUUAGUUCUUUCCCUCUGAUUUCCUUAGGCUCCUCAUAUGUUUAAAACAAUAGGCACAUGGGAUACUAAAGAGAUAAGUUCCUCUAACUUGCUUCUUGUUGGAAUCAUAAAUUACGUCACAAAUCUGGUAGGAGGACAAAACCAGUCCUGGGUGAAUCAGCUGACAGCAAAGCAUAGCACUCGCAUUAGGCCAUUAAUUUUUUUGACAAAGAUCACAGAUCUGCUAAAUCUCUGGUCCCAGGCUGAAAUUGCCUCCUGGAAAUAAUCAGGGCAGGUUGAGGAAUGGCAUUAACACCUCAGCCAGCCUGACUGUGGCACUAUAGCCAGAUGAACAAGGACUUAAAAAAAAAGAAAGAACGAACAGGUCAAGAAUAGGCUUGCAGAGUAUGUGAAUGUACAUUGCAUGCAUAGGAAAGCUGAAACCGAUUCAGGAGUCUCUUGAUGUUUCGGCUUUUACUUUGAAGCAGCUAUGGAAGCUAUGGUUUUGAUCAGAGCUUUGGGGAAUUUUCCCACUACAAUACUGCUGUUCUGGGGGAAAAAAUAUAAUUGGAGCUUCCCAACUGGAGCUUUAAAACAAUUGCAGAUCACAUUUCGUUUCAGAGAGGGGGAGGGGGAAGAGUAAUCCAUGAGGUCGGGGCGGGGAGGGAGGUUGCAAGAGAGAGAUUGAGAGAUUUUAAUCAAUCGCCUGCAGUCACUCUUUGGUGAUCUGACUGCCAGCAGUGAGCUUCAUGGGGAAUUGACUAAGCAAGUUCUGUGAAUCACACACCUAUGGCUAAUAAAUAAAAAAAAUUAGGCAGUUCGUAGGAAGGCUGCAUUUGAGGUGGUGUAGACAGGGCUCAGGCCCGAGCUGGCUAGAGCUGACCAGAGAAUAGUGGAGUGUUUUCUUGGGUGGUUUCCUGCCCAUGCUUGCCAACAGAAUGUUAAGAACUAGAUAAUGACAUGUCCAAUUGGUUUCUAGCCAAUCAGGAAACAAAUCCAAGUGCCAACUAUGACAAUCAAACCAGUGAGAGGCACUUGAAAACUACACACCUGUCUUCUAUUUGGCGUUGUCCAGUAGACAGAACCAGGGACCUGCAACAAAGUACGGCAGCGUGGAGUGCUCCUGUUCAGUGUUCCAGCCAGCCAUACCCUUUCCCAGGAUAUUCCGUUCCAUCCUCUCCUAGUUUUCAGUUUCCCCACCCCUAAACAAAUACCGGUACUCAGCAUUCUAUGGCAACUGAGCAUGCUCAGCCCUGAUUAGAUUGUUUGAGGUUCUUUCCCUCCCCUCCUUAAUUUGUAUUUCUGCAAACUUCGGGAUUCCUCAAGCCUAUUACCGAUUCCUUCCUCUUAUGAAUUUUGGCUGCAUAAGCACCGUCACUUGGAGAAUGAGUUUGCUAUUAGCAUAUAGGAUGUUGGACCUGGAUUAAAGUUUAGCUUUUGUCGUGGACUUAACCUGGUGGCUUAGAGAAAAUAAUUAUAUCUCUACUGCAGAUCCCCAUCACAAUGGAAUGAAAGUGAGUCACACACAUCUCAGGGCUUUUGUGAGGGUGAAUGAGAUAAAGCCCUGCUAUCUGGGUAGUGCCCUAAGCCUUAUGGAAUGCUAGCAAGGAUGUGAUGACCAACAGCAGCCCUGGGAUAGGGAUUUAACCUAUUGCCCAUUGCUGUGGUCUUGAUCUGGAUCAACCACCCACACCUAUAUACUUGGGUUUUUGUUUUUAAUUCAUGUAAUUGCUAUUUUUGUGAACAGAGUCACAUUUAGCGUGACCCUUAAGGCAAAAAUAAAGGAAGAGUGUUGUUGUUUUUCUGUUGUUCAUAUUCUCAGAAUUUACUGUUGGUUGUUACUCACAUUUUAUGGGGCUGUCCGUAAUUAAUGAACCAUAUCUUUACUUUUUAUUCCCCUCCCCGAUAAUUAGUUACACCUUCUCCAUCUCUCUUUUGUGCGUCUGAAGGAACGCCUUCAACUAGAUAGUUCAGUUUGGUUAGAGUGUGGUGUUGAUAACACCAAGAUUGCAGGUUCGAUCCCCACAUAGGACAGCUGCAUAUUGCAGGGGGUUGGACUGUAUGAUCCUCAGGGUCCCUUCCAACUUUACAGUUCUAUGAUUCUAAGAUGGACCUCUGCUUGAACCCUUCUCACAGGUUUUCGUAUCUGGUUUCAUGCCUGACAGUGGAGCACGAUGGAUCUAAACAAUAUGAAAAUAUGUCCUUUCUUCCUGCUAGGUGUCAACGUCUCAGCCAAUCAGGAUGAAGAGACACACCACGAAACCUUCCAGAUACAGAUUGAUAAAGAAACCAAGAAGUGCAUCUUCCAUUCCAACACGGGCAACUACUGGACCUUGGUGUCGCAUGGGGGAAUUCAGGCCACGGCCACAGAAGUGUGAGUUAGGUUAUGUCUUCAUGUCACUAAUGGGGCCCUAGAGCAUUUGGGGCCUUGGAAGUCUGAUGGCAGUUUUGGCUAGACAUAGCAGAAGGAGAGCCAGGGCAUGGAGAGAACAGGUGCAAGACUUAGAACAGGGCUUCCGGGAAGGAGUGAUGGGUGCAUAAGCACAUAGAAGACCUCUACUGAGUCAGAUCAGGGGCUAUCUGUUCCUGCAGCCCAUUUUUCACAGCAGCAAGCCAGUGACUCUGGUUUGCCCCCAAGCAGGACUUGAGGCAAAUACAGUUGCCUAAACGAAUGUCCAUCAACGCUUCCUUUUCUGUGUCUGGAAAGGAAAAGCAUGGUUUGGGCACAGCAUUGCAGACAUACAAGAAUUUGCACAUAUGUUUGAGAAUCAGGGACCUGGAAGUGAACAGCAAAGCCGUUCAGAGAAGGCAGGAUAAUUCAGGAUAAUGUUCAGUACGGCACCAACGUUGAUACCAACUGGGAAGGCAGCAGAGCAGCAUCUCCCAAGGGUAGCUAGCGAGUCUCAGGCAAAAGUGUGCAUACAUAACCGGGCUAAAUUAGGAUGUUUGGAAGCUUUUUCCAGACCUGGGACCCACUGUCAGCUCGAACACGGAGUUUGGGAUUCACUGCUGAAUUUUUUGAAACACACUUAUAAGAAACAAAUAAUACUGCAAAAUAGGACAUAUAGCUCACUACUGAAUUUUUGAUAGUACAUCUGUACAGCGGUUGUGACCCAUCUUAGGUUGGCUGCGCAAGCCACUAGUCAGUGGGACCCAACUCACCAGUUGAAGAACUAGAUGGUCACAGACAAGGCAGGCGUCCUCAGCCCUGGUGCACUUGCCCAGGGUAAUUUGCUGUGUGUCCUCUAUUCCUAUAGCAGCACCUUUAGCGACAGAAGUGGAAUGUAAGAGAGAGAGGGAGAGAGGACUGCCAUUGUCAGUAACUUCAAGCAAUUAGGGGAACCUAGGAAGCUGCUUUGCACUGAGCCAAACUAUUGGUCCAUCUAGCUCAGAAUUAUCUGCAGAUUCUAAACUUCGGGUGGACAGACUUGUGGGAUCUGUUUUGGUCUUUAUUAGAACCCUGAGAUUCACCAGGCAGUCACACACUGCGAAUGAUGGAGCAGGGUGCCUCUCAGCGUAUUCUUAGCUUAGGAAUUACCAGAACCAGGCUUACAAGUUCUUCCAGUCAAGGAACCACUCCCCAUUUCCCCCCAGGUAUUCCUUCCCGCCCCCCGCCCCCGCCAGCAACCUAAUGGGGGAGAGUGGCAAUUUGUUGCACCUGCUACACAAUGUGGUGUCCUGUGCACAAAACCCUGUUGAUUUCAGCAAGACCUACGCCCAUGCAAGUGUGUGUAGGGCUGCACUCUCUGUACGUUAAAUACACAAUAGGGAAGAAAGAGCAAAAUGAUCAUUCACAAUCUGACCAGUGCUCUCCUCGCCUUGCUUUGUUCCCCCAGAUCUGCUAGCACCAUGUUUGAUAUGGAGUGGCGUGGACGCCGGGUAGCCCUCAAAGCUCGCAAUGGCAAAUAUAUCUGCACCAAGAAGAAUGGACAACUGGCAGCUGUCAGUGAUGCAGUGGGUGAGUCUUACAGUGGGGUGCUGGGGGUGGGUUUUGCCAUUGCCUCAAUUACGGGGGCCUAAACCUGAUAGGGACGCGGGUGGUGCUGUGGGUUAAACCACAGAGCCUAGGACAGAAGCUUGGCGGUUCGAAUCCCCGUGACGGGGUGAGCUCCCAUUGUUCCGUCCCUGCUCCUGCCAACCUAGCAGUUCAAAAGCACGUCAAAGUGCAAGUAGAUAAAUAGGUACCGCUCUGGUGGGAAGGUAAACGGCGUUUCUGUGUGCUGCUCUGGUUCGCCAGAAGCGGCUUAGUCAUGCUGGCCACAUGACCCAGAAAAACUGUCUGCAGACCAACGUCGGCUCCCUCGGCCAGUAAAGCGAGAUGAGCGCCACAACCCCAGAUUUGUCCACGACUAGACUUAACUGUCAGAGGUCCUUUACCUUUAAACCUGAUAAACCAAGGACCACAGUCUGUGUGUUGUCAAUAAAGCUGCUCGUCUUCCGCCACUUGCUGCAGCUUCCUUAUUGAGAAUGGUGGCUGGAAGAGGUAGGCGAGCCAAAACCAUGCUCAAUGGGCAUCAGGAGAGUACCUAAAUCUGUGUUAUAUGGAAACUGGAACAUUGUGGGGCAAGAUCACAACGAAUGAGCCAAUGGAAUAUAUUACACGUAUAGCUGAGGCUUUGUGGCUGGGACAGUCAGAAGCUGAGAGCAGAGAAAAGGCUGCAUAGAUAUUGAGCAGUUCCAGAGGAGGCUAUAUUGAGAACAAAUGAAACGAAGAGUUUGCAGGGCAGUUGGGAGGAAGUCACUUUUGCUAGAGCACAGGCCAACCAAGAUUGAAACUGGAAGUUACUUGACUGGAAGUGGGGAGGGAGCAGCAGUAGGCCAACAAGUAUGGUCUUAUCCUAAGCAGCUGUAAGGUCCUCAGGCACACCUUGCAAGUCAGGAGAGCAGGUGGCUAUUACCAGGUGUCAGAAAAGACCACCAAAGUCCUACUGAAAGUGACACAGCUGUUUAGUGCGGCUUAAAGCUGGAUGGCUUCCAGGUGCACCUGAGAUGAGCCCAAUAGCAGGAACGCCACUCCGGUCGGACUCUGGCUUUAGCUGCAGAUGCCAAUUCAGUAUGCCAAAGCAGGAGGAGAGCACUAAGGUGAUGCCAGAGCAGUUUCAAAAUAACGAGUAAUCAAUGACAUAGUUUGUCCAGGAUUCUUCCGCAUUUGCAACUCUUAGGAUCAAUAAUGGCAAGGAGCUCGCAGAAGUAGGAUGAAGCCCAGUUGUAACCUCAGAAACUUAACUAGAAGGGGGAAUUGAAAGCGGACUGAUCCUGCUUACAGAACUCCUACUGAAAAGCAAAAACGUUAGCUGGAAAUCUGCAAAUUCAGGCUACUGAAAGCACGUAUGUGGCUGGGAGAGCAAUCCUGGACUCACUCGGGCUGAAGUCUGAUGCAAAUGUAUUCACAAAUGCACAUUUUGGAUCCCUAGCUCAUCACAGUCACAUUAGCUUCCGAACUCACUGACCUACAGUUAUCUGACUACAGGGGAGGAUGAGGAAUUUGUUCUCAAGCUGAUCAACCGGCCCAUCCUGGUCCUUCGCGGGGCUCAUGGCUUCGUGUGCUACCACCGCAACUCCAACUUGCUAGACGCCAACCGUUCCGUCUAUGAUGUCUUCCAGAUCAUCUUCAACGACGGCGCUUACCAGAUCAAAGGUAACUCACUAACUGGCUGCAAACUGGGAGCUGGGGAGGGAGCUCAUCACAUAGUGAAAUAAUUUUGGACCAUAUGUCGGAGGGAUGCUACGAGAACAUUUGUUUCCCAGCUGUGAACACAGCCCCUCCAACUUCCACCUAAAAUCCUGGAGAGCCUCUGCCAGCCAGUGUAGACAAUAAUGAGGUAGGUGGACCCAACACUCUAUCUCUGUAUAAGGCAGGUUCCUAUGUUCCAACUGACUGCAAAGUCAGAUCCCCCCAUGCACUACCACAGUAAGCUAUUUGUGCAAAGCAGUUCCUACCAUUUGGAGAACUUUAACCUCACCAUUAGAACCCAUUGCCAAUUCCAUCCUAUAACAAACUCUGGGUGUGAGGCCAGAAAAGUAUCAUCAGGCAUGGGGGGGGGGGGAAACCCCAAGGUUUGCAGGAGUACCCAAUGAAUAUAUAUUUAUGCAGGUGCAGGAGGUGAAAAACAGCCAAUGAGGAUUGGGCAGUGGCACUGUCAAGCAAUAGACUGCUAGGCAAAAGUCUGGGGAUUUUGCAGCCCUCUCAUCCCUCAGUGGUAGCUGGCCAUUGAUGACAAGCAGCCACACUCUAGAAAGUGUUAUGGCUAGUACCUGAAGCUGCAGCUGUGGUGUUUCCUUAACAGUAAAAUUCCACUGAGUGGAAGAAGAGUGGCAGCAAGCCCAGCCACUCAGAUGCCUUCUCUGGGGAGGACAGCAGAACAGCAAAGGGGUGGGCCCUCGGAAUUUACUUUUUUCCCUAAAGUGCCUAGAACCUUCUCAAAAUUAAUAAAAGCGCUUACGACCUUUUAUCGUGCUGCGAUUCGGGAUUGUCGACACAUGGGGAGCCUCACAAGUAGUCAGCAAUGUGGGACUGCCUCCAUGUGGACCUGGGAGGUGGCCACGUUUGCAACUGGAAGAGCGCCCCUGUUACAAAUCUAAGUGCCAACGACCCUGCUUUUUCACUGUAUUUGCUUGGACUUCCCCUGUAGCCCAGCUUGGUAGCUUUAUAAGGUUCCACCAGUUCUUUGCUGUGGUCUCAGUCAUGUGUGUGUGUGUGGAUGACUGGACCAGUUAUGACUCAGCAGCUCUUUUAAGGAACCUGUGGCCAAGGGAUGAUGGGCAUUGGGAGCCCAGGUACAUCAGCAAGGCCACAUGUUCCACAUCCCUGUUCUAUCCUUUCUUUCCUAGAACUUCAGAUUUCUCCCCCAAACGGAUCACUACCUGCCACAAACGUCAAUCCCAUGCACCUUUAAGAGAGGGAGGGAGGUGGUGGUGCCUCUAUGUGCUCGAUUACAUGCAAGGUUUUAACCUUUAAAGCCCUAUACGGCCUAGGACCCUUGUACCUACGCGACCGCCUCUCCUGGUAUGUCCCACGGAGGACCUUACGGUCUUCAAACAAAAACAUCUUGGAGGUCCUGGGCCACAGAGAGGUUAAGCUGGCCUCAACCAGAGCCAGGGCUUUUUCGGCUGUGGCCCCGAUCUGGUGAAACGCUCUGUCACAAGAGACUAGGGCCCUGCGGGGCUUGACAUCUUUCCACAGGGCCUGCAAGACAGAGCUGUUCCGCCAGGCCUUUGGCCAGGGCACAACCUGACUCCCUCCUUUGGCAAUCUUCACAGAACUCUAGCCUAAUAAUAAUAAUAAUAAUAAUAAUAAUAAUAAUUUUAUAAUGAAAUGAUUUUAGAAUGUUGUAUCAUUUUACUGGGACGCAGGUGGCGCUGUGGGUUAAACAACAGAGCCUAGGACUUGCCGAUCAGAAGGUCGGUGGUUCGAAUCCCCGCAACGUGGUAAGCUCCCGUUGCUCAGUCCCUGCUCCUGCCAACCUAGCAGUUCGAAAGCACGUCAAAGUGCAAGUAGAUAAAUAGGUACUGCUCUGGCGGGAAGGUAAACGGCGUUUCCGUGCGCUGCUCUGGUUCGCCAGAAGUGGCUUAGUCAUGCUGGCCACAUGACCUGGAAGCUGUACGCCGGCUCCCUCAGCCAAUAAAGAGAGAUGAGCACCGCAACCCCAGAGUUGGCCAUGACUGGACCUAAUGGUCAGGGGUCCCUUUACCUUUACCUUUAUCAUUUUACUGUUGUUAGCUGCUCUGAGCCCGGCUUCGGUUGGGAAGGGUAGGCGAUAACUAAAUUAUUAUUAUUAUUAUUAUUAUUAUUAUUAUUAUUAUUUCCCACUGACACCUGCUCCUUCAAUGCUCCUAGGCCUCAGUGGCAAGUUCUGGUAUGUGGCCACCAACGGCACUGUCUGCAGCGACGGCGAGAUGUCGGAGGAUUUCUACUUUGAGUUCCGCGAGUGCAGCCGGGUGGCCAUCAAAGGGAAGAACGGCAAAUACCUCCGUGGCGACCAAGCUGGGACCCUGCGCGCCGAUGCCGACACCCUGCACCGGGCCACCCUCUGGGAGUACUGACGCCGUGCCACUUGCUGAGUAGCACCGUAGAUGCUCUAGCUUCCGCCACGGUAGCCGAGCCAGCUCAGAGCGGACACAGAGGUGGGGUAUUUGGCGGGGAGGGGAAAGUUGGGUGUUCCCACCUGGACUCCAGAGGCACAGUAAUAUACUCACACCUUCCUCCAUGGAAAAGGACCUUGCUGGGAAGGAGGGGUGGGGACCUCUUGCCCUAUUUCCCAUAGUCUUAUCUGUCUAACCUUAGAAGCAGCACCCUAAUGCACAGCUCCCAGAAGGGUGCGACACUGAUGUACCCAGGAUUAAAGCAAUAGAGGCUCCGUUUCAGAACCAGCGCAACAUUGCCUGUGGCUGUCUUCCCUUUCCCCUGCUCCGCACCUGAAACAGAAGACGACAAGUUGCAGGUUUCAGGGGGCCUUGUGAAAUGCCAGAAGCUCCAGCUUUGCUUGCUCUGCUCGCUGUAGCUUAGCGUGAAGGAUUC